CUUGAUAAUAAAGUGUAGAGAGCAUUUGCGUAUAUUUCAGAAGUGUGUAUUGUUGGUGAGAGAAAGUGAGUGUUGUUGGUGUGUGUGUGUGUCCCUCCACACUACACCGCCACCAUGAAGGCCUCUGGAAUGCUAAAGGAGUACAGCGUCAUUGGACGCAAGCUCCCCUCUGAUACAGACCCAACUCCACAACUCUACAAGAUGCGCAUCUUUGCUCCAGACAGAGUAACUGCCAAGUCUCGGUUCUGGUACUUCUUAUCUAAGCUGAAAAAGAUGAAGAAAUCCAGUGGUGAAAUUGUUUCCAUUGACCUG